UAUGAAUAUAAUAAAUAAGGAUAAGGAUCGAAAAUAUGAAAUCGAUCCAAUUCCCACUCACGAGAAACAUAGAAAGUCGACCACGUAAUCCUAUUUUUUUUUAAUACCUUCCGCUGCAUCGGACGGCCUCCAUUCGAUAUAAAAAAAAAGGAAAGGACACGAUCUUUCUCGCUCCUCGUCAUGUUUACCUGUUUUUUGUUUUUAACUCUUCUGCUUCGAGCAGAAACGGCAAAACUCACGGCCUCCUCUCUAAUGGCGACGACGGUGAGCCAACCCCCGAAGCCCAUCGCCACCGCCACCAUCAUCGGCUAUCCCGCUCCCAACACGGGUGCGCCGCCCCUUUCAUUCCCUGUGACUGCCUACCCCGCCGCGACGCAUGUCACCCGCAACCCCUACUUCAUCCCCUUCGGCGGCGGCUACAACGGCCGCCCCGCCCCUUCCUCCCGCAACGCCAUCUACCGUUGGAUUUUUUUAUCCACGGCCGCCGCCUUCCUCGUCAUCUUCGCCAUCACCUUCAUCCUCUUGUUCAUCCUCCGCCCCCGUGUCCCCGACUUCUCUGUAUCCUCUGCCACCGUCUCCUCCUUCAACCUAUCCUCCCCAUCCGAUGCCGAUCCGAAGAUGUUGUCCUCCUUCGACAUCGCCCUCUCCGUCUCCAACCCUAAUAAGAAGAAUAAAUUCUGGUACGAAGCGCUCGUCGUGGAAGUGGGCUACGAUGGCUACAUCCUCGCAGCGACGACGCUCCCUCCGUUCGACCAGGAGAAUGGAAACUUCACAACGCUUCGGGCGACUCUAGUGGCGGCCGGAGACUACGUAGGCACCGACGUGGCGACGGGGAUGUCCGACGACCGGGCGAGCGGCGAUAGCAUGGUGUUCCAGGUGCUGGUGGAGUCGGGGAUCUGGUUCAAGAAGAGGCUGUGGGGGACGAGUGGGACCACCUUGAUUAGGGUUUAUUGCGGGGACAUCAGAAUAGCGUUUGCGAACAAGAUGGCCAGAUCUGGGUCGAUGGUCGGGCCGGCCAAGAAAUGCCAGGUUGAACAUCUUGGUAAUUUACUGAGAUGAUCAGUUUAAGCAUCCUCUCCUUGCGUGCAAAAAUCAUAUUUUCUACUUUGUCUGCAUGCCUGAUAAUUCUUGUGCAAUUUGAGAGUCGUCUAGGGUUCUUGAGGACAUUUUCGAUAUUAAUAAUGAUUUUUUUUUAAAAAAAAUCACUAUCGAUCCAACACCAUGCUUGCUUCUCUGGAAUGAGACUUACCAUGAUUGAUCAUGAUUUUUUGUGAGCAAUUUGUAUGGAACAUUACAAAAGACUUGGGAGUGAUUAUAGUUUUCGGCCUAGAAGGUUUUGUUGAACUCGCCAAGAUUAUUCUCAUCCUUGAAGCGAUUCCUCAUGAACUCCAUGAUGAAUCUGCGAUCCACCUCCCAAAUUUUGGUGUACGGUGUGGAACCGAUUAAUUUGGCCUAGAGCUUCCAUGGGUUUCAGGGCUUUCAAAGCUUCUUUUACUUCCUCUGUCAUAUUUGCCUUAAGCAUGAAGCAUCCUCCACCCUCUGCUUCCUUCCUUCCUUUGGAACUAAUGGACAACUUGCUUCUACAAUUUAGUGCUGCAUUCAGUUUUAAGUCAUUGUAUCCUUGCUCUCUUCCUUAGGGUGAUUGCCUUGGUAUGAAAAAAUUUGGUGUUCCCCAUCUAGGUCUGGAUUCAAGCUUUUCCAAGCUAGCGGUUUGGAUGCUUUACACUAUCCUUUGUAGAUGCCUUUUUAGUCUAGAUAAAGCUCACUUUAUUUACUUUUGAUAAUCUAGGUGUUUAGGCUUCCCCACAUUAAUCUAAUUAAUCUCGGAGAUAGAGACAUAAUUUAUUUAUAUAUAUUAAGAUCUUCAGAAUGUUCAUUCAUAUUUUAAUUUUGAUCCUCUUAUGUAUUUAUUCCGCUAAAGACUUUACCAUUGUAUCAUUCUUGUGGAGACUAGAUAAAGUCCACCUUUUCUCGCCCUGGAUGUGGUCUAAAACUUGUUUACUCCAUAUCUCCGACUUUGAGUUCAAGUAGAUGUUAUUUUUCUUUGCAAGAUUUCUACAAAAUGAAGACAA